CUUGAGCAAGUCGCAGCGCAACCUGACAACUUCCAUAUCUCAACUUCACGAAGGAGCACUCUUUUGGACCAACUACUGUAGCUCACUCUAGCGAAAGAGAGAGCGAAGACGCCCCCCUCCACUUACACUAGAACGAACCGCCCGUCUCAGACACCCCGACCGCGACAAUCAUACCACCCAGCGAUCCGUCACGAUGGGUGUGCCCUUCGAAGCCCUCAUCCCCUAUGUCAUCAUGACAGCCAUGUUUGGCGUGACUGGCGCGGGUCUAUCAACGGUUAAAUAUUUCACAAACGACGGUAAACGGCCGAGAAGACAGCUAGAUUUGUGGGACAGACAGAUGAUGGACCGAGAUUAUCGAUUGACCGGCAAGUUCCGCGGCCAGGCUGAUGCUCCUGAGGCGCCGUUGGGAUUUGAAGUCAACAGUGCAUGGAAGACCGAAUCUCGAAUCAUUUAAGCACCUCUUUUCAGCUUGGUCGACUCUCUCUGUUCGAGCGUGGCUAUAUUGCACAUAGUUUACGAUAAACACAAACGACACGGCGGGUUGUCAACAUAGUCGAUAUCGUUAUCGGCAUCGGCGUCUUGAAAGUUCACCUGGUGAUAGCAUCGAAGAGGCAGUCCUCUUGUCAACAAUAUAUUUUUGGUCAAAGUGCCAUAGUUCAAACAAGCAAACAUUCUAUGAAGAUAUUUACUGGUCAUUCUCUCAUACUCGUUUUCAUGAAGUGCCCAUCGAUCGGGGCACUACACACCGCUAUGACACAGAUGAGAAAGAAUGGCUGACAGGUCCUCGCGACAGGCAUAUUCGACUGUUCAUGUUCAACAUGACCUCUCGAUGAUGUUCAUAUGUAUUCCUCGGCACGCCUUGUCGUCAGC